AUGGAGAAGCUGUUAUUAACUAAGUCAGACUUGAAAUUUGUACCAGAAUCCUACAUAUUUCCAUCUGAAUCUAGACCCGGUAAUGCCAAAGUUCCACUUUUUGAGACCAUUCCUGUGAUUGAUUUGAAAGAAGAACCAACUAAACUCAUUCCCCAAAUCAUAAAUGCUUGCAAAGACUUCGGAAUCUUCCAGUUGAUUAAUCAUGGGAUUGGAGAGAAGCUAUUACAAGAUGUAUUAGAAGUGACUAAGGAGUUUUUUGAGCUGCCUGCUGAGGACAAAGCAAGCUUAUUCUCUGAUGACCCCAGACAAAUUUUUAGGCUCUACACCAGCAUUGAUUAUAUGAAUGAGCAGGUACAUUACUGGAGAAUUGCUUUGAGACACCCUUGUCCUGUAGAAGAACACAUCCAAUUUUGGCCUCAAAAACCAGCUAAAUACAGAGAGUUGGUUGGAAGUUACUCAGUCGAGCUUAGGAAGCUGAGUUUGUGUAUUUUGGAUUUGAUUGGUGAAGGAUUAGGACUAGAACCCGGAUACUUUCGAGAGAAAACUGAACUCGCUGCAGCUCAUUUAAUGAACAUGAAUCAUUAUCCACCAUGCCCAGAUCCAAGUCUAACCUUGGGACUACCUAAACAUGGUGAUGCCAACAUGAUAACUUUCCUUCUCCAAGAAAUGGAUGGUCUUCAAGUGUUGAGAGAUGAGCAAUGGUUUGCAGUUAAGCCUCUCCCUAAUGCAUUCGUUGUGAACAUUGGCUACAUUUUGGAGAUUGUGAGCAAUGGGAAGCUAAAAAGUGCCGAACACAGAGUUGUGACAAACCAAAAUGUUGCGCGCACAACUGUUGGCAGCUUCAUUUAUCCUUCUUUUGGUUGCCAAGUUGAGCCUGCAAAAGUGCUCAUCGACGACAAUAGUCCUCCACUCUAUAGAGAGUUCGUAUUCAAAGAUUUUCUGGCCACCUUUUUAAUAGAUACUAAUAGCAAGAACAAAUCACCACUUGAGCGCUAUAUGCAUGAACAAACUUGA